UGCGCACUUGAUGGUCUACGCGAUGUCCUAAAAUCAUUUUGUGGAAAAUUUGAAGUUUGUUGUUAUUAGUGACAACCUAUUCGUAAUUAAUUUAUGAAAGCUUCGCGGUAAUUACAAUUCCAGGCUUGAGGCAGGAUCAUUUACGCUUUGUAGGCCUGGAAGCGUUCAGUCGCUACGAUACAGUUCGAGCGGUGUACGGUAGCCAUCUUGGAAUCGAACAAAGCUUCAGAUGUGUAGUUUGUCUGUUUAUCAAUAAUUUUUGUGCAUUUUAUUGUAAAUAGUUUGUAUGUUUAGGAUAUGUACGGAACGUUCGUCCACAUGUGUAAAUAGCUAUGGCUGCGACAAGAAAAUUACAAGGUGAAAUAGACAGGUGUUUAAAAAAGGUAACGGAAGGCGUGGAGACUUUCGAGGAUAUCUGGCAAAAAGUCCACAAUGCCACGAACAGUAACCAAAAGGAAAAGUAUGAGGCCGACCUCAAGAAGGAGAUCAAGAAGCUCCAGAGGCUACGGGACCAGAUCAAGUCCUGGAUCGCCUCCGGGGAGAUUAAGGAUAAGAGUACACUUUUAGAAUAUAGGAAACUAAUAGAAACGCAAAUGGAAAGGUUCAAAGUGGUGGAGAGAGAGACGAAGACGAAGGCUUAUUCUAAGGAAGGGCUGGGCGCGGCGCAGAAGCUGGACCCGGCGCAGAAAGAAAGGGAAGAAAUGUCUUCGUGGCUAGUAUCCUCCAUCGACGCACUUAAUUUACAGGUUGAUCAAUUUGAGUCUGAAGUAGAGUCACUGCUAGUAGGUAAGAAAAAACGGCUGGACAAAGAGAAACAGGAUCGCAUGGAGGAGCUCAAGAUCAAACUUGAGAAGCACAGGUUCCACAUAAAGAAGCUCGAGACGUUACUCCGAAUGCUCGACAACAUGUCUGUGGAAGUCGAACAGACGUUUCAUUCGCAGAUAAAAAGAAUAAAAGAAGACGUGGAAUACUACAUAGACUCGUCACUGGAGCCUGGGUUCGAGGAGAACGACUACAUCUACGAUGACAUCACGGGCCUGGACGAGAUCGAACUGAGCGGUGUGGGCUUACCCUCGUCAGCGACCACCGACAGUAAUAACAGCAACGACUCCGCAGGAUCACCAGCGAGCGUACUAUCAGGCACAAGUCCAAUAACGUCACCCGCGCUCGAGGUCCACAAUCAUUCAACAGACUCAAUAGACGUCGACAAGAAGAAAAAGGACGAGGUUAUAGCGAAACCGGUGAAACCGAUGGCGGUGCGCGCGGUGAACGCGAGCGCAGUCAGUAAUAACUCGUCCAAUGUCAGUUCCUUGCUCAAUAACUCCGCAGUCUCUACAAAUAGUAUAAACAACUCGGGCGUAUCUGGUACGUCAACUCCAAGCAAGGCGGGUGCACCGUCACCGCCACACCACACGGUACACACGCACGUACCGCAUCCAACGCAUGUGACGCACGCGACACAUACGACGCAUGCGCCGCAUCCGCACACGCCGCAUCAUCAUACUGCGCACAAGACUACAAAUAAUACAGCAAUAGUGGAGAAUGGUCCGGUGGUGGCGCACGCGCACCCCGCGCCGCACUUGCCGCCGCAGCCACAGCCGCCGCAUCAGCCCGCGUCGAAGAACCCGGUGGGCAGCGUGGCGACGGUGACAAGCAACGCGGCGGUGUGCGCGGAGGCGCCGUCGCCGCUCACAGUGAACGGACCAUCGCAGCCGCAGGCGCACCACACGCCGCAACACACCGUCAACAAUGGGCGAGUGAGCGAAGCGUCGUCGACGCCGUCGCUGGUGCCGGCGCUGUCGGCGGGCAGCUCCGUGGCGGGCAGCGGCGCGCCCACGCCGGCGCCGCUGGCCGCGCCGCAGCCCGCGCCCGCCGCCGCCUCGCUCAAGGCCAUGGCGCAGGAGGCCGUGCAGCGAGCGGGCCUCGACGCGGCGCAGCCGCAGGUACCCGUCGCUCCCACCCCAACUAGCGUCUGUCGUGAUAUCGCACUGCCAUUACAGAGUGCGCGGCGCUUAGGCGUGGGCGUGGGGUCUGCGGGCGUGGCGGUGGCGCAGGCGCACAUUCCUCCCUUACUCGGCGUGGCGCCCCUCGGCCCGCUGCCGCUUAGCUCGGAGCACCAGCUCCAAUUCCAGAUGAUGGAGGCAGCGUUCUACCACAUGCCGCAUCCCUCCGACUCGGAACGCACGCGCUUCUACCUGCCGCGCAACAUCUGCCAGACUCCCCUUUACUACAACCAGGUGCUUUUACCGCACUCGGACUCCGUAGAGUUCUUCCAGCGGCUGUCGACAGAGACGUUAUUCUUCGUGUUUUACUACAUGGAGGGAACCAAGGCGCAGUACCUUGCGGCAAAGGCGCUUAAGAAGCAAAGCUGGCGCUUCCACACCAAGUACAUGAUGUGGUUCCAGCGGCACGAGGAACCGAAGGUCAUUAAUGAGGAGUAUGAACAGGGCACGUACAUCUAUUUCGACUACGAAAAGUGGGGCCAGCGGAAAAAGGAAGGCUUCACGUUCGAGUAUAAGUACUUAGAGGACCGGGACUUGAAUUGAACGGACUUAAGUCGCGCAGUUCGCGGCGGCGCGAGGACUCUAGUGCGCCGGGGCAGUGCAGUGCUUAGUGCAGGCAGUGCAGUCAGUGCAGUGACAGUGCAAUGUUGAGGCUCGGACACUCAGUGACAGUGCAGUGAAAGGCGGCAGCCGCGCUCGAUCACAUCGGGCCGUUUUAGUUCCUGGUGAUAGGCAGAAGUCUACUGUGUAGACGCACCGAGAUUCGUACUACCUUUGUUUCUGCCAGUGUUGCGCCGAGGCUGUCAAGUCAGCUCGCUUCUCAUGUGAUCGCGUUGAUUCCAUUACUUGACAGUAUUUUUUGUAUUUGAACAAUCGGUUCGUGUUUCUGUGAUUGUUGAUACGAGAUAAUCAAGUUGAAAGUGUCGUUAAUAAAUUGUAUAAUAGUCCCGCGCUACCGGCAGGUACGUUGUAUUGUAGAGAUCGAUUCAUUCACACUGGCACGAAACAAACAAGCGAUACUGUUAUAGGGUGACACGCUAACCAGAGUUGUGCCUGACGUAGACUACGUUUAGACAUAGGAAUUCAUGUACAAGAAACGAGAAACUCGAUAGCAAUAGAAAUUAUUUUCUUAUUAGGUAAACUCGCGAUUGUGAUUAAUUUCCUACCGUCAAUUGGGCGCGUAGCUGCGUUAGCUUGUCAUUCGUUCAGCCAUUUAUGGGUUGUUAAUAAAAAAAAAGUAAAAUGUGAUAUAUGAAUAGGGCACCCGGGGCCUCCUUGGAUGACGCGACAAUUUCUAGUCUUGUCUCUGAUACACGGUCGGUUGUCUGCCGACGAGACAGGGCUCUAAGUAGUCGCAGCGCAUCUUUCACCACACGACACACUUAUGAAUGGUUAAUUGUGUGAUCAUGCUAAUUUUUGUACAAACGACAGAUGAAUAAAGUAUACUAACUCAAAUUGUGUAGAAGAUUUUUGUAAAUAUGUUGUGUUGAACACGUACUCUGUGCUGUGGUGAUUGCGCGCUUCCACCAUCAACGACCAACCGUUUGGAUACUAUACCCAGCUAGAUACUAGUAGAAGGAUCUCACGUACAUCACUUAGUUUAUACUGUGUUUGGACGCCUUUUUGUGGGCACCUCCCACCGAAAGACUAGACUGCAUGAUUAUACUAUUUAAAUUUUUAGGACUUAUUAACCAAGUUUUGAUCAUUGUAAACUCAACAGAGUACUAAAUUAUUUCAGUUGGGUUUACCAUUAAUUUUGUAUAGUAUUCAAGUGGUCCUACUAAAUAAUAUGCUAGUCUUAGUAUCUCAACGCUACAGCGUGCCUAUUGACGUAAGUGAAAGUCCUAUGUACUGAAAAUGUAUUCAAGGGCGUUCCGGGGUUUGUUUUUAAACUUUUGUAUAGGAAUCGGGCAUAGUUUGAAAUGACUUUAUUUUGCCAACUCCCUCAUACCAUUCAACAUGACUGCGUUACACUUGAUGGCGUACAGAUUGACUCGGCAAUAUUAGGAUUAUGACUUUAAAUGUUUUUAUACCUUAUUUUUGUGCCUUUACAAAGGAUUAUAUUAUACAGUUGGCAAUAAGCAGGUACACGUAAGACUUCCAAGGAUAUAGCUGAGUGGUGUGAGGGAGUUUGCUUUACUAUAGCUACCGUAAGGGUCUCCAGUGUGAUGCUAUAUGUGAGGGUACUAAUACACUUUUUCACCAUCAGAAAUAAAAGAAAAUUAAGUUGCUAACAUUUUUUUUAUUACAACAGUGCAUUUAAAAUUACGAGGACAGCUAAAUCUCCCCAAAGUGACACUGCCAAAAAUCGUGAGAUUCGAAAUUAAGGAAACUUGUACUUAUUUUUUUGUGAUUUUUUUCUUUACAAGAUCCAGCCCUAUGGGUGAAAGAGUAUAUUACCGCUCUCGAUACGUAAACGAAACCGCAAUAGAUUUAUACUGCCAGUGGGUGAUGGAUCGGGAGCUCCGUAAACAGCAAAUGUUGAAGUUUUCCAUAGUGAGCGCAAAUGUGUGGCUGAGCCGAAUUGUUGCACGAGUCGCGGGGCUCGGCCGCGGCGACCGCAGCUGCGGCGCGACUGCGAGCUGCGCACGAUCUCUAUUCCGUGCGUAAUGUUGAUAGUUUUAACUUUUGUAAAAAGUCUAUCGUGAGAAGAUGAAAUGUGGUAAAUAAUAAUUUAAAAAAUUAUCUGUACAGUUCUAUUUGUAUAGAAAUAAUAAAUAAC